AUGACCAGGAAUAGAUAUUCGCAGACACGAAAGAACGACAGGAAGCCGCUCAAGGUCUUCCAGGCCAAUGUCGGCAAGAUCCCUCCGGCUCACGACUGCGCUCUGGCACUGGCUGACUCGGAACGAUAUGACAUCGUGCUCCUGCAGGAGCCGUGGACAGCCCAUACGAAAACGCGCUGCCUGACGAAGACCCAUCCUGCUUACGACACGUUCACGCCAGUAGAGUCCUGGGACAGUAACGAUACUCGACCUAGAGUGAUGACAUAUGUCCGACGAGACCCAAGGCUUCUCGCUGACCAGAUACGACCGUUCCAGACUCGCGAUAUUCUCUGGAUCACAAUCAAUGGCGUGACUGUAGUCAACUUCUACCGCCAGAACGACGAAAGGGAUGCCCUUGACACGCUGCUUCGAUGGCCUGUCCCGGAACGCUGCCUCGUCGCUGGCGAUUUCAAUGCUAGACAUCGAAGCUGGCAGACAGGGCAGACUACGGACCGCGGCCAAGAGAUUGCCGGUUGGGCAUCAGAGAAUGACAUCGACCUGCUUAACACGUUAGAUAUCCCAACAAACCCACACGGCAACACAAUCGAUCUCGCUUUUGCCAACAUCCCACUUGCUGAAGCCACUGUUGAGGACCAUCUCGCCACUAGCUCCGACCACUUCACCCUCAGCUUGACUCUCCCCAACAUAAAGCCCGCUCCACUACAGCCGGGCAAGAUUCGAGUGACGACAGAAGAUGAGCUUAAACGAUUCGUCGAGAUCGUAGAGCUUGGAGCCACAGAGAUCCCCCUCAGAGAUUCAACGCCCGCGGAGCUGGACAAUCUUGCGUCUUCACUUGUAAAUCUGCUAACAUCAGCAGCGAAGGCAGUGGGUCGGCCCUCACGGAAAGGUGGCUGCCCAGCUCCAUGGUGGACAGAAGAGUGCGCCUGUGCCGCGGCUGCAUUCCGGGCCAUCAGAAGGAGGCACCCCCUCAGCUUCAAUCAGGAUGUUCAGAUCGCCAAGAGAGACUUUCAUCGCGUGGUCCGCCGAGCAAAACGAAAGUACUGGCGGGAACUCAUCGAUAGCUUCUCCAGCAGCAGUGCUGUCUUCAAGACCGUCCGGUGGCUGAAAUCUCCGGGGCCCUUCCAGCCGCCUCCCCUGCAGGUCGACGACGCUGUAUACGAAACUCAGAUGGACAAGGCGAGCGCACUUCGGGGAGCGUUACUGGAACGCCGAACUUCUGAUGACGAUAUUGGAGACCCCUGGACACCAGUCUCUCCUCCUCGAUCGAUCACAUUCUCACCCGAAGUCUCCCUAGACGAGGCACAGCAUGCGACUAUCCAUACAGGCAAUACUUCCCCUGGGGCGGAUAGCAUCACCGUCAAUCUUCUCAAAGCCGUGUGGCACAUCGUCGGGACGCAUAUCCGUCGUUUGUUCGAAAGGUGCCUCUCCUUGGGUCAUCACCCGGAACCAUUCAAGCAGGCGGAGGUGGUCAUGAUCGCGAAGCCGGGACGACGAGACCUCACAAAGCCAGGGGCAUGGCGACCCAUCUCCUUGCUCUCCUGUCUCGGAAAGGGGCUGGAAAGAUUGAUCGCUCGCCGCUUGGCGUGGGCAGCUGUUCACUAUGGCGUCCUUCAUCCACAACAGGCGGGCGCUCUCCCCAAAAGGUCGGCAACAGACCUGGUGACCGCCUUGAUCCACGAUAUCGAAGAAGCAUUUGCACGCAAGAAGGUGGCCACCCUGGUCACGAUGGAUAUCCAAGGUGCCUUCGACACCGUCAUGCGCAAGAGACUAGUCUUGCGUCUCCGUGAACAGGGCUGGCCCGACCAUCUCGUCAGAUGGGCUGAGUCCUUCAUGAAGGAUCGUUCAGCCCGCGUGAGGUAUCAAGACACCCUCACGCCCUUCGCUCCUCUCCAGUGUGGACUGCCUCAAGGCUCACCAGUAUCGCCCAUCCUCUUCCUGCUCUACACUGAGCCAAUCCACCGACUAGGCAACCCUCAGGGCCGCUUCGGCUACGCAGACGACACGGCUAUCCUUUCUAUAGGCGACACAAUAGAUGAAACCACUGCAACGGCCUCCAGCUCCAUCGGCGAGAUGGUUCGAUGGGGUGCAGCAAAUGGCGUUUCGUUUGACCCGAAAAAGACCGAAGUCAUGCACUUCUCUCGCAGCAAACUCAGGACCACGCCGGCUAUACGCCACGGCGAUGUCGAGAAGCACCCCGAGCCAGCCAUACGCUGGCUCGGCAUCUGGCUUGACAGCAGGCUAUCGUUCCGCGUUCACGUCGAAAAGUGGGCGGCCAAGGCGCAUGCCGUCGCCUAUCAUCUACGGGGUCUCGCCAACACGAUACACGGCCCUCUCCCAAGCGCCGUGCGAAGUGCCGUCAUGGCUUGUGUCGAGCCGGUACUAUUGCAUGGAUCUGAAGCCUGGUACCCGGGCACCACCAGACCGCGAUGGAGCCUUACACCAGUCCAUGAGAGCCAUACUGCCCAUCUGGAAAACGACGCCCAUCACCAUCCUCCACCACGAGAGCGGCAUACCGCCAGUUGA